UUCAAAACUAACUGAAAGCACAUCGAACUCCAUCUUCUUUCAUCAGAAAUUUUCAGCUAGUUUCCCUCCUUCAUAACUCCUAAGUAUUUAAGCUUUUCAUGGUUAAAUCGUUACCUUUUUUGCUUAGCUUUUUGAGAUGGAAAUUGAUGGGAAUCAGAUAUGUAUCUUCUUUUUGUAAGAGUUUGGUUGCGCCGUUGCUGGAGUCGCAGAGUUAUUCCUGAGAAGCACUAUCGAACACUGAACCUGAUGUGGAAGGUGGUGUGAAGUGUGAACGUAAACUCGUUUGAUUACUGGUUUAGUUCGGUGCAGGGAUGCAUGGUCGAGGGAAUUACAAUAUUCAGGUCGGCCAGGAUCCUUAUGCACGACCGCCUGCAUUUCAGCAACACUCUGCAACCACUGCUCCUCCUACAUCCCAUUAUGGCCCAAUCCCUCCACAACUGCAAGUUACUCAACACGGGCACCCAUCUUUUCAUCCAAGACCUGGUGCUGUUCCAUAUCAGCAUGUCAUGACGAAUGUUCAACACCACGGUCGAUCUGCACCAGUUAUGUCAGGUGGAAUGAGUACUGGUCAAUCUUAUGCACAUCAUCCAAGACCUCCGCAGAUAAGCAACCAAAUCUCUCAUCCCUAUUCAACAAUUGAGCAACGGCCUUUACCCUGGAGUCAAAAUGUACAUCAACUUCCUCCUCCACCACCUCUUCAAGGCCAGAGUGCUUUUCAAUUGACUUCCUCACAAGGGAAUACUCUUGAAAGAGGGCAUCCUUCUCAUGCUCCCCCACCCCCGCUGCCACAUUACUCUUCUAGUUCUAAUGUUAUGACGUCUGAUCCGUGUGGGUCCUCUGUGAACCAUAUGCGGGAACAUUCCUAUCAACAGUCAAUGACACCAGUGCUGCCUCUCCCUCCCCCUCCACCCCCUACAGUCCCACCUCUUCCACCAUCUUCACCAUCAUCAAAUUUUCUGUCAAUGAGAGAAGGAAGUCAGAGCCAGAAGGGACUCCCUGAUGAAGAAAACUUGGAGUUAGACUGUCCACCUCAUGGGAAGUCUAUGAAUUAUCCAAAGGUUCAGUUUCAACACACUGAAAGUGAAUUCAAAGUGGGAUCAGUGGAUGCUGAGGCCUCUGAUACCCACACUGAUUCUGAUAUGGACAUGGAAGAUGAUAUUACUUACCCUGAUGAGGAGAAAAAGAAUUGCCCAUAUGUUAAUUCAAAUGAUGAGUGUGGUCCAAUGUCUCAAGAAGAUUAUACAGCAGAGGAACUACAACCGCUGCAGCAUACUAGGGGACAUGGACUUUCUGAAAUUUCAGUACAUGGAAAUUUAUUGUUUGCCGAAGCCUCUGUAGCACAUGCCAAAGAAGGAGGCUCUGAUGUUGCAUCUGAUUGUAACUUACCCGUCACCAUGAAGGUAUUUUCUAGAGCUGAGUUAGGAAAGCCAGGAAACGGACAAAAAGAAAUCUCCUUGGAUGCUAGCGUAAACAAGUCGCCUUCCGAGAAUAAGUAUUUUGGCGAAUCUGGUGGACCAGUUAAUCAUCCAGAACCUGAUUAUGGGGAACUUCCUGGUCAGUCCAUGAAUGAAGCAAAUCCUACCAAAAUUGUACAGGGCUAUUCUUCCAACAGUACUUCUGAAAAUAAGGAAGAAAAUCUUGGAGACGUCAGCCUUCCAUCUACAAGUGAUGCAACUAAAAAUUAUUAUUCUGAGAAGGGGCAUGAUGUUGGGUUAGCAGACAGUUGUAAGAGUCUGUCAAAGUCUAAUAAGCACGUGCUCCCUGAGUCUGUUAAUAGAUCACCUAUUAAUGUGAUGCAAGCUGAUAAGUUGGAUAUUACAACUGGGGGUGUAGCUAAAUUUUCUGAUAGAAGCCAUAAAGGCCAAAAACCUGUCAGCAGCGGUACUUAUACAGCACGUCAGUCAAAAGAUUCUUCCAGAAACUAUGAUGAAAGUGUUGGUGUUGAGGAGGCCAAUUCACACAAGCCAGAUAUGAAAGCUGAAAAACCAAAGGUAGAUAAAUUUGGUAGAUUGAUUAGGGAAGAUGUUAGUGACAGUGACUUGAGUGAUUCACCGCGUCAUGUGCGGAGGCAUGCAAGAAGAACUAGAAGAAGGAGUCGAAGUCAAAGCAGAAGUCGGUCUCCUCAUGAUAGGAGGAGGCGGAGGAUGAGAAGUCCAUGGAGGAGAAAAGAGAGGUGUGACCGAUCUCGCAGUUUGUCUCCAAGGAGAAGAAGUAGGAGUCGGUCACCUGUUUUAAGGCGUGAUACUGAAUUCAGUGCAGAUAAACUGAGAUGGGAGAAGGUUCAACCUGCAGUAUGCUUUGACUUUCUCCAAGGCAAGUGUUACCGUGGAGCUGCUUGUCGCUAUUCACACCAUGAAUCAGGCAAGGGUGAGAGAUCUAGGUACAGUAGGGGCAAACAUCAUAAUUGGGAUGCUCCACCUACUCUACGGAGUCCCAACUUUCAAGAGGAGGGCAAGGUUCUAACUAAAAAAGAAGUAAAUGAUAAGGGUAGAAAACUCUCUCAAGAUGUGCCUGCUUUGUGGGAAGCAAAAGAUGCAAAAAGACUGCCAGUUGUUUCCACUAGCCAGUCUCCUGAUAAAAUAGAUAUCCUUUCAAGUUAUCCUGCUGAUGACAUACCCGCAGGUAAACACAAUUAUCUGAUUCCAGAAACAGCAUCAAAGCACUCUGACAAGAUCCCUCAAAUCCUUGAUCAACAAGUUACAAGGACAAAUGACAAUUUGCCCUCCGAGUCUUCACUUGCGCAAGUAUUAUUUGGCGCACAAACCCAUCAUCCAGCCGAUGGACAGGACCCUAGUAAUCAACUGAGGUCUGUUGAAAGUCAUUUGCCAAUACCCUAUUCCAAUCAAGGAGUCCCAUCCUGGUCCUUCAGUCCACCAAUUACCAAUCAUCCUUCUCAAUUAUCCAUUCCUUUGCCUUCAGCAUCUCAGCCCGUGAGCGCCUCAUUUGAUCCACCCAUCUUGCAAAAGUACAACUCAAAUCCACCUACUUCACAGAACCAUUUGACUCCUAAAAAUUACUCCAGUUAUGAAGCACCAGUAACUUACCAGCACUCUCAUUUUCCUGGUCCAUUGAAAUCUGUAUCAAGCAUGCCUCUUCCACCUCCACCUCUACCUCUACCUCUAACUCUACCUCCACCACCAGCAUCUCUAGAGCAUAGCACUCCUUCACAACAUAUGCAGCAGUCUUUACUGCCUCCUUGCAAUGGCCUGUACUCUCAUACAUCUUUGAGAAACCAUCAAACUGAAAUGCCUAAUCGAUCUCAGAUUGGUGAGUAUCAGGCAUACUCCUUUGCCCGAGAACCUGAUCAAAUGCUACAUAGAACUGAUGGUUCUGGAUCAAGCAGUUUGCAAGUGAGCAGUCUAACAAGUCGAGAGGGUGGUCCCCGCAUGAUGGAUGAAGUUCAUUUAUCUGGAGAACUAGCACAGGGCAUUAGUUCUUCAAAAUCAUUUACUCAGGCUCAAACUAGUCCGUUAUCGAGACAGUCUGCAUUUAAGGGAAUCCAAAGUUCUAUUGGUGCUGGUUUUUCUGCUGACAGUAAUUUUUCUCAUAGUCAUUCUCAUUUCCAGCAGGCUUCUUAUGGCAUGCAAUAUUCUGCUAGUGGUGAUGUCCCCUCAACACUUCCUGAGCCUGGGAUGAUGAGUUCCUCUGCUUCUAGAAUCACUCAAGAUUUUCUUGAAAGGAACCGCUCUUAUGUGCAUUGCUUCGUUGGGUCAAAAAUUUCAAAUCAUUUCUAUCCUUAUGCAUCAACUUUUGAUCUGCCCCUGAGCUCCAAACUGAGUUCAAACACUUUGUUACGGGGAAGUGAUGCAACUGCCAAUACUACAUAUGUCACCCCAGUUGGUUUAAGCUCAGCCCCAGUUGAUCCACAUAGAAAUCAAUGUGUUGGCUCAACAAAUAUGAUGUCUUCUAGUUCUGUACUGCCUCCUGAGAGUGUUUCAAGACCAGUCGGCGAUCAGUAUGAUCCACUAUUUGAUAGCAUUGAACAAAACUCAAAUUCAACUAGUAAAGCUGAUCGUCUAAAACAUGAAAUUACUGGUGAUUCUAAUGAUCUGAAGGUUCAUGAGUCCAGAGGGUCAUUAAAUAUGGAGGUUAUCAGGCAGGAAAGGGAAACAGCUGUAUCAGCUGAUGAUUCUUUAGAAAAAGAAGAAUGCGGGGAGACAGCUGAUGUGGCCGUGGGGCCUGCCCUGAACAGUGACCCUAGUACUCCUAAUGAUGCACUUGACAUGAAUGUAGGAGAAUUUGAGAUUGAUCAGGUUAAGAGUUCUGGAAAAAACAAGAAACGCAAGGAGAAGUCUACAAAGCUUUUUAAGAUUUCCAUUGCUGCUUUUGUGAAGGAUGUUCUAAAGCCGUCAUGGCGGCAGGGUAAUAUGAGCAAGGAGGCGUUUAAGACCAUUGUCAAGAAAACUGUUGAUAAAGUAUCUGGAGCAAUGAAAAGCCACCAAAUACCCAAAUCCCAGGCAAAAAUAAAUCACUACAUUGAUUCUUCAAGAGGAAAAUUAACAAAGCUUGUCAUGGGAUAUGUUGACAAAUAUGUUAAGGUGUAAAAUCUGACUGGAGUUUGCAUCAAAGAUUCGACUUGCCUGCCUGGACCCCCCAGAUUUGCAGGAUUAAGAUGACUAGGCCUUUUAAUUGCAUUGGAGUUCUGGUGGCUUUAAGAAGAUUUGUAGACCAGAGUACUUUGCUCAAUUAAAUCAAACAUCUCCAACAGUUCUUAAGUAAAGCCUACUGCAGUGUAAAUAUCAGAAUGCUGAUAUGAAUGUAAAUUUUGCUGCUUUGCUGUUGUAACUUGAGGCUCAAGGUGCUUACAGGGCUAGCGCCAAACCACUAGUUCGGGAUUAUGAGGUAAUUUUGGGUAAAAACAUGUCUAGGUCUUGAAAUACUCCCUCCGUCCCAAGAUAAGUGAGCACAAACUUUUCGGAACGGGAUUUAAGGAAAUGGAGUUUUGUUAGUAAAGUGGAGAGUGAAUAAAGUAGAGAGAAAAAGUAAGAGAGAGAAUACCAAAGAAGGAAAUGGCUCACUUAUCUUGGGACGUUCCAAAAAGGAAUGUGAGUCUCUUAUCUCGGGACGGAGGGAGUAGCUACUUAUUUUAUGCCUAAGCAGUGUAAAAUUUGAUAAUGUGCAUAUCUCUAGGUUAGAUAUGUUACCUUUCACACUGGGAAACUGUAUCCAGAGAAAGUAUGCUGAUAUAAACAGCUGAAGAUUGUACCUCUUUUGGAUUUGAGGGGCUGGAGUGACUGUAAAUCAUCUGAGUUAUGUUGGAAAUCAAAAAAGAAUUAUGGAAGCACGGUGAAGGGAGGACUUCUCAGAAACCACGGCCUAAAGCUACGAUGGGUGCAGCAAAGGCCAAGACUGCAUCCCCUUCCGUUUACAGAGAGAUCGAGAAAAGAUUGAAGAAUCUCGAGUUCACAGACUCAUGGAAGCAAUGCAAACUACAAAGUUGCUGCAAGCUCCAAAACUAGAGCAUGGGGAGAAACAGUUGAGGCCCAAAACACGAGGCGAGAUCAGUAGAGCGUCGGAAGCCACACGCUGAGGAGGCUCUUGCUUCCACAAAGAGGGCAUCAACACAUUCUGAGUCUCAAAUAGUGAUCAUGAAACCUGCUAAAGAUCUGAGCUCUAAACAUCAUUGGAGAAGUUCCUUUACACAGUUGGAAGGAAUACAAGCUUCAAAACAUCGACAACUUAGUCGAGAAGCUCAGACGACGAGGCAGGCGUAGCCUCCACGAAAGAGAAAUGCGAGGAUGAGGAGAGAUGGAAGGUGUGGUGUUGGGAGAUGUGAUGCAUCAUAGGUGGAGGGGGUUUGAUAAUGAGAUAUCGGGUGCAGUUCUUCACAUCGAUCGUCAGAUAUUUAAAGAUUUGGUUAAUGAGAUUGUGACUGGAGAGGCUGCUGCUUCUGCUGUGAGGAUCAAACCUAUUGCUAGGAGAAGACCAUUUGCGAACUAGUUUGCAGUUCCAUUUCUUCAUUUUGUCAUUUCCUCACUUGAUUUAAAAUGAGGUAUAUAAAUAGAAUUUGGAUUCAAAACAACUUCUAAUGUAUCUUUACAUUAUAUGACAUUUCACACAGUUA